AACGAAUGUUUGCGAGCAGCUGUGAUGAUUGACACAUUCACGUGUUGAUGGAUUGAAACACAUCUCUCUCUCGCAACCUUUGUCUGGCUGUCACAAACACGCCACGCCUGACCAGACAGGCAGACACACAGACACAGACAGCCAGCAUUUCGCUGGUUCGCCAUCUCAUCAAUCAGACACCGAUGGCCACGAUACUCUACACCCAAUCACUGCAAGGUCUCCCUCCCUCGCGCCCCGCCCCUCCCCUCCCUCGCGCCCCUCCCUGUCCCUCAGGGUCUACCUGCCUGCCUGCCCCUUAAUAAAUUCACUCAUCUGUGCCGCCACCCGGCCCCUCAUCCCCAUGGCUGGAGGGAAUGUGGACAAACUUGACCUGUGGCGGGCUGUUGACCCCCGGCUUCCUCUCGGGAAGGGGUGCGGCUGCGCUGAGUCUUUUCUGCGCCAUGUGGUCGGCCUCCCUUUGUUUGUCUUGUGGUGACUUGCCGGGUCGUGGGCUGGUGAAUCCCUUGGGGUUGUACAUCGAGUGGCUCGGCCGCCGGUAGACCGUGUCCUCCCAACCGCACAGGCUGCCCAAACCGCGACGCUCCAACGCUUUCUGAUCCGACAGACAGACAACGGAGGGAGGGAUAUAUGGGGGGACAAGACAGACACGGACAGACAAGACACACACAAUGUCAGAUAGAUCGAUGGAUGGAUGGCCGUCAUUGUGUUGUCUGUCUGUCUGUCUGUCUGUCUUGUCAAGUCCUGACCGUGGCGCAUUGCUUGUAAAUGUCGUAGUCCUUCUGGCAGCUCUUUUCUGAGAUGUCGCCUCGUAGGAAGUGGUGCCUGUACCAGUGGUUGAAGCACUGGUCGUACUUGAACUUCUCCUCACGACAGGCAUAAAGCUGAUCAACACACAGGACACAACACACAGCACACAGGGGCACAUCCAUAGCACACUGCUCUGGUCCUUUCUUGUCUUCCUUGGCUCACCACGAGGUCGGCCAUGGUGGAAAGGUUGACUUGGUAGGUGUCCUCCGGCUUCUGCCCCUUUUCCUUCAUCUCGGGCGACCAUUGCCUGGCGUGGAACUGAGUCACCACCGUGUCCGGCCCGUUGUACUCGAAGUACGCCGGGAUGAACUUGGUGCUCGUCAUCGUCGGACGAGAAUCUACCGACAUCUUGACUGACAACAACACGCACGCCUCACACAAUUCAACCCUGUCGUGUCGCGGUUCCUU